AUGACUGAAGAUCAGGUUGUUCCUGGGGUUCCCCAGCCCAGUGUUGUUGCUGCUGAUGGAGAUGAGAGAAUAGAUUUUAUCAAAGAGCAGGUGUUUCAGUCGUUAAAGCUGAAAUCCGAAAAGUGGAAUAGAUUCAUGGCUGUGGAAGAAAACCAAAGACUCUUGAUAGACUUUCUAGACCAAGCACAACCUGGAAAACUUCUCUUAUUUACUGGACCUGGGGGAGCCUUGAAUGCUGAGGUACAGGUGCCUCUGACUUUGAAAACCAAAAUACUUUACGUUUUCAAGAAAUGUGCACGGAAAAUUUCAAAAAACGCCUUCAAAAAUGAGCUCUUCCUGGGAGAGAUCUCGCAGAACCCAGUGGAGCACCUCACUGUUGUAAUAAAUGAGGUUCUAGUUCCUGUUCUGUCCAAUAUAAACAAUCAUUCGGGUUGGCCACAAGCAGUGUCUCAAGAUCUUAACAAGUACAUGGAAAUAAUACGAAGCAACACUUUGGUUAUUCGUGGACAAGUGCAAGGAAAAACUAUUUUGGCUUUGCCUUUGAAUGCUGAAAAUGUCAUUACAAGCCCAGAAAUGGAAAUUCCAGUAAACCUUCCGCAAAUGGACAGAGCAGUGCUUCAUUCUAUUGAGUCCAUGGUAAUCCAGUGGACACAUCAGAUAGCAGAUGUUAUGAAACAGGAUUCAGCCCAUAUUCUGUUAGAAGAAUUGAAUCCUGUUCCGAAUGCAGAAAUUGACUUCUGGACAGCGAGGAAAGAAAACAUGUUUGGGAUAUAUAGCCAGAUACAGGAUCCGAAGGUCUGCAAAAUAGCCACUAUUCUCAAAAUGGUGAAAAGCAGUUACUAUUCUACCUUCAGAGAUUUGACAUUGAGAGUUACAGAAGCUGUCUCUGAGGCUCAGGACAUUGAGUUGCAUCUUCGACCUUUGAAGCGUCACCUAGCUCACCUGGAGGAGGUGAAUUUCUCUGAAGUUGAACCACUCAUUCCUCCUCUCUUCCACACUAUUUGCUUGAUUUGGAGCCAUUCAAAGUACUAUUGCUUCCCACCAAGAAUUAUUGUCUUGCUACAGGAAUUCUGCAAUCUACUUAUCAACCAGGCUUUAAACUAUCUAACUCCAGAAGAGAUUUUUAAAGUUGAGCUGGAAGAAGCCCAAGAGAAGGUGCGAAUUACCAUUCAUAUAUUGAGAAGCUUCAAAACGUGUUUUCACCAGCAUCAAUUAAAUAUUUCCGACUACUACAGCAACAGCACGGCAGUGAAACCUUGGACAUUUCCUCCACAGUUGAUCUUUGCUCGCCUUGAUAGGUUCUUCGACAGAUUGUUGAAAAUCGAGGAAUUGUUCGUUACUGCCACGGAAUUUCUUAAACUGGAGAAAAUUGUAAUCGGAGGCUCCAAAGGAAAACUUCUCAGUGAAAAGGUUUACAGUAUGAAUGACGAGUUUCAGGAAGGUUGGAGAAUAUUUGAGGAAAGCAAAUAUGAUCCUCUGGAUUAUACAAAUAUGGAAUUUCUGUCUGAUCACACUAGAUUUAUGAAGCAUAUACAUGAUUUUGAUCAACGCUUGGGGUCAGUGCUAAACUUAGCAUUUCAGGAUUCAGGAGGACUGGAAUCUGCCUUUAAGCUUCUGUCAGUAUUUGGUGCAUUACUGGAGAGGCCCCUUAUUGCCAGUCUCUUCAUCCCAAACUAUACCAGCCUUCUCACAAUGUUUGAGGCAGAGAUCAACUGCUGCAAGCAAAUAUUUGACCAUCAAAAAGAAAAGAGCAAUUGUGCUGCGUUGAAUAAGAAUAUGCCGCACACUGCAGGCAAUCUGAAGUGGUCCCAGGAGCUUCGAGAAAGAUUAUUAAGUCAGAGGAAUCAAUUUAGACACAUUAAUCACCCAAGUCUGCAAACAAGAGAAGCGAACCUGGUUUUCCAGAAAUAUGACCAGAUGUUGACUUUGCUGGAUCAGCAUGAAGAAGCAAUUUACACCUUGUGGACACAUCACCUCGAUGCUCUCUGCCAGGCAAACCUCAGUCAACCUCUCCUCAUGUUCAACAAAGAAACUGGUGUCUACUCGGUCAACUUUGGUUCUGAGCUUUCGUGCGUUCUCCGGGAGGUCAAAUAUCUCCGUAUGCUAAAAAGAUUUAACGUUCCUGAAGUUGCUCUGGAUUUGUAUUCAAAAAGCAAUACUCUUCACGAGUACGUUAGAAUCUUGCAUCAAAUUAUUGAAGGGUAUAACAGAUUACAGACGACCAUACUAGAAGUGGAAGUUCCACUUGCUGGGGAUGAAUUGGAGAAGAUUAAUCAGCAGUUGAUACCUGCUAGAGAAAGCCUAACCUGGUACUCUGAGGAUUUGUGGGACUACAUUCAUCAGACGAGUGAUCUUAUCCAAGAUGUGGACAGCAGAUUACAGAAUGCCAAACAGAAUGUGGAGACCAUACAGACAAUAAUGCGGAGCUGGAAUCGAGAGCCAUUUUUUGUGCAAAGACAUUGUAAAUCUAGUGGUCUUCUCUGUUUUGAUGAUCGAGAAGAGAAAAUUGCCAACUACUAUAAAUUGAUUCAAGGCAGCGGGGAAACGAUUCAUCAGUUAGUCGAGGAUAAUCAACAUUUGCUGAAUGCAGAUGCACAAACUGAUGAGUGGAAGAGUUACGCAGAGUACAUUGAUCACAUGGUUUCAGAGGGAUUCUUUAUUGCUAUUAAAUCCUUCCUUCGAUAUCUAAUUGAAUGCACGGAAGCGACGCCAAUAACAUCCACUCUGUUUGAAGUGCACCUGGUCCUUAACGGGUGUGAGAUGGCAUUCAAUCCUCCCCUGGACCCUGGAAUGCAUAAUAAUUUCUAUGACCUCAUGGAACAAUUCAUGAUUGAUAUUUACACAGCGGCUUCCAAAGUACAAAGAGUAGCCCAACAUCUAGGAAUCGACACUUAUCAGCAAGAUGUGGAUACAAAUCACAGUUUGACUUUGAUGCGCCAAGAGGUUAUGGAUCGUGUGAAGAGGAUCGUUGACAAAGUCAAAGUGUUUCAGGCCUCGUUUGGGAGAUAUAGAUACCUGUGGAUAGAUAACAAAACUGAAUUCAUGAGGCAGUUUCUCCUCUAUGGUCAUGUUCUCACUCCAGAGGAAUUAGAGGUUCAAGCAGACUAUGGACUUCCAAAGUGUCCACCACAACUGGACCAAUAUAAAGAGCAGAUCAGCAAUUACGAAACAUUAUACAUGCACCUUAAUGGAUUUGAAGAUGUGCAUGUCUUUGAUGGAUGGUUUCAAGUGUGCAUUAAACCAUUCAAAUCAUCUCUGUUAAAUAUAAUUAAAAGAUGGAGCUGGAUGUUUAAGGAACAUCUUCUAAACAAUGUGAUUGAUAGUGUAAGUGAAUUGGUCGAGUUUAUCCGUGACACUGAGAAAGGCUUUGCAAAGGAGGUGCAAGAUGGAGAUUACGUUGGAUUGGUUGAAAUCAUGACACAUCUGAUGGCAGUCCGAGACAGGCAGUCAACAACAGAUGAUAAUUUUGAGUCUCUGAAAAAAACUGCUGAAUUGCUGAGAAGCUAUGGGCAGCAGGUGCCUGAACAGAUUUAUGCAGCGCUUGAGGAACUGCCAGAAAAAUGGAAGAACCUUAAAAAGAUUGCGUUAACUGUAAAGCAUGAAGUGACACCUUUGCAGUCCAAUGAAGUGUGUGUUAUCAGAAGAAAAUGUGUACAGUUUGAGGAAAAACAAUUUGAGUUCAGAGAAAUAUUCAAAAAUGAAGCCCUCUUUAGAUUUGAUGCACUUGAUUCUUACUGUCUUUUAGACAAGACACACAAGGAUAUCACUAAGCUUACAGCAGAAAUGAAAACACUUCAGGAAACAGCAAAGCUUUUCGAAGUGAGCAUUCCAGAUUAUAAACAACUGAAGCAUUGCCAUUCGGAUAUUGUUUUACUGAAAUCUGUCUGGGAUAUAUAUUUUUUUGUUCAGACAAGUAUUGAUGAUUGGACAGGGACACAGUGGAAACAGAUUAACGUGGAACAAAUGGAUAUGGAAUUGCGAAGGUUUGCAAAGGAAAUGAAAACACUUGAUAAGGAGGUUAGAGUGUGGGAUGCCUAUGCUGGACUCGAAUCUACUGUCAAAAAUAUGUUGACGUCCCUUCGAGCUAUUAAUGAGUUACAGAAUCCUGCAGUCAGGGAGAGGCACUGGCAGCAAUUAAUGAAUGCAACAAGCGUCAACUUUGCCAUGGAUUCAGACACCACCCUGGGAGACUUGUUAGCUCUCCAGCUGCACAGAGUGGAAGAGGAAGUGAAAAAUAUUGUGGACAAGGCAGUCAAGGAAAUGACAAUAGAAAAGGUGUUGGCAGAGAUCGGUCAAACAUGGCGAGACAUGGAGUUUUCUUAUGAAAACCAUCACACUACAGGAACUCCACUGCUGAAGUCUGAUGAGACUCUCAUUGAGACGCUGGAAGAUAAUCAGGUCCAACUGCAAAAUAUUCUGACGAGUAAAUACGUGGAGUAUUUUGUGACGGAUGUCAGUAGUUGGCAGAAGAAAUUAAUACUCAGUGAUACAGUCAUCUCUAUUUGGAUGGAGGUGCAACAGACAUGGGCUCAUUUGCAGAGCAUAUUCACUGGUUCUGAGGACAUUCGGAAUCAACUCCCUGAAGAUUCCAAAAGAUUUGAUGGAAUUGACUUGGAUUUUAAGGAGUUCAUGUCGAUGACCAUUAAGACCAAAAAAGUAAUAGAUAUAACAAACAACCCGGGACUGUUGGAAAAAUUAGAAGCUCUUCAACAAAGAUUGUGUCUAUGUGAGAAAUCCUUGGCUGACUAUCUUGAGACAAAACGACUUGCAUUUCCAAGAUUUUACUUUGUAUCUGCAAUGGAUUUAUUGGAAAUUAUAUCCAAAGGAACCCAGCCAACACAGGUGACCCGACAUUUGCUUAAACUGUUUGACAAUUUGGCUGAUCUAAAAUUUGCUAAUGAAGAGGAAAACAGUGGUGUGUGUGAAGCAGUCGGCAUGUACAGCAGAGAAGGAGAAUAUGUACAUCUUUCACCUUCCUGUAUCUGUGAAGGGCAGGUUGAAUCUUGGUUGCGACGCCUUGAGGAGACGAUGAGAGCCACAGUGCAGCGGGAAGUCACGGAUGCAGUGGCUGCAUACGAGGAGAAGCCAAGAGAUCAGUGGCUGUUUGAUUACCCGGCUCAGGUAGCCUUAAGUGGCACUCAGAUUUGGUGGACCACAGAUGUUGGAAUUGCCUUUGAGCGUCUUGAGGAAGGAUUCGAAACGGCUUUAAAAGACUACAACAAAAAGCAGAUUGCUCAGCUAAAUGCUCUUAUAAACAUGCUACUAGGGGAGCUCACCCAUGGUGAUCGGCAGAAGAUUAUGACAAUCUGUACAAUUGAUGUGCAUGCCAGAGAUGUUGUAGCAAAGCUCAUAGCACAGAAGGUCACUAAUAGUCAGGCAUUUGUCUGGCUCUCGCAACUGAGGCACAGGUGGAAUGAGAGCCAGAGACAUUGCUUUGUUAACAUUUGUGAUGCCCAGUUUCAGUAUUCAUACGAGUAUCUUGGUAACACACCUCGACUUGUAAUUACCCCUCUCACAGAUAGAUGUUACAUUACCCUGACCCAAUCCUUACACUUGACAAUGAGUGGAGCACCAUCAGGACCUGCGGGAACUGGAAAAACCGAGACCACCAAAGAUCUCGGUCGCUCUCUGGGAAUUAUGGUAUAUGUUUUCAACUGCUCUGAACAGAUGGAUUACAAGUCCAUAGGAAAUAUCUAUAAGGGUCUCACCCAGACUGGAGUAUGGGGAUGUUUUGAUGAAUUCAAUCGCAUUUCUGUGGAAGUUCUUUCUGUUGUAGCCGUACAAGUGAAAGCUAUUCAAGAUGCAAUUAGAAACAAGAAAAAGAGAUUUUAUUUUCUAGGAGAAGUUAUCGAACUGAAACCGUCUGUUGGCAUAUUUAUUACUCUAAAUCCUGGUUAUGCAGGGAGAGCAGAGCUACCUGAGAAUCUUAAAGCUCUGUUUAGACCUUGCGCUAUGGUAAUCCCAGACUUUGAGUUAAUCUGCGAAAUAAUGUUGGUGGCAGAGGGAUUCUUAGAUGCCAGGCUACUUGCCAGAAAGUUCAUAAGUCUCUACACACUCUGCCGUGAGCUCCUGUCAAAGCAGGAUCAUUAUGACUGGGGUCUUAGAGCUAUAAAAUCUGUCUUAGUGGUCGCUGGAUCGCUGAAGAGAGGAGAUCGAAACAGACCUGAGGAACAGGUCCUGAUGCGUGCUUUGAGGGAUUUCAAUUUGCCCAAAAUUGUUACCAACGAUGUCCCUGUUUUCCUGGGUCUGAUCGCUGAUCUUUUCCCAGCAUUGGACGUAGAGCGGAAAAGAGACCCAGAUUUGGAACAGAUGGUGCGUCAAUCCAUUUCAGAACUGCACCUGCAGGCGGAGGAAAACUUCACAUUAAAGGUGACACAACUCGAGGAGCUUUUGGCUGUGCGUCAUUCAGUGUUUCUCGUAGGAAAUGCUGGAACGGGCAAAAGUCAGAUAUUAAGAACUCUUCAUAGGACUUGUGCCAAGAUGAAGUUAAAACCAAUAUGGUGUGAUAUAAACCCCAAGGCGGUAACAACCGAUGAACUUUUUGGAUUUUUGCAUCCUGCUACACGUGAAUGGAAGGACGGUUUGUUUUCAACAACUAUGAGAGAACUUUCCAGCAUUUCUCACAAAGGUCCAAAGUGGAUUGUCUUAGAUGGAGAUAUUGACCCGAUGUGGAUAGAGUCACUUAAUACAGUAAUGGAUGACAACAAGGUCUUAACUUUAGCCAGCAAUGAGCGGAUAUCUUUAACAUCUUCCAUGCGGUUGGUGUUUGAAGUCAGUCACCUACAGGCAGCCACUCCCGCUACGGUAUCCAGAGCCGGGAUACUUUACGUCAACCCACAGGAUUUAGGUUGGAGUCCGUACGUCACCAGCUGGAUUGACACUCGCAGCGCACAGUCAGAGCGAGCUAAUCUGACCAUAUUGUUUGACAAAUAUGUUCCUUUCUGUCUGGAGCAAGUACGAUGUAAUCUUAAAACUAUUACUCCAGUUCCAGAAAGCAGUAUGGUACAGACUUUGUGUUCCCUCUUGGAUUGUCUUCUAACACCAGAAAAUAUCCCCAUUGACCCCACUCGUGACAUCUAUGAGAUAUACUUUGUAUUUGCCUGUGUUUGGGCUUUUGGUGGAGCACUAUUGCAGGAUCAACUAAUCAAUUACCGAGUGGAGUUUAGUAAAUGGUGGACAAAAAAAAUGAGAGCCAUCAAAUUCCCAUCUCAAGGGACAGUCUUUGAUUAUUUUGUUGACCCUGACACUAAAAAAUUCACUCCGUGGACGGAAAAAGUACCAAAUUUUGAAAUGGAGCCAGAUGCCCCUCUACAGGCCAUACUGGUUCAUACGGCAGAAACAGUUUGCUUGAAAUAUAUAAUUGAUUUACUCGUGGAAAAGCGGAAGCCAGUAAUGCUUGUUGGAAAUGCCGGAGUGGGAAAGACUGUUCUUGUAUCAGAAAAGGUUUCGAAACUACCUGAGGAUUAUAUGGUGAUUAAUGUGCCUUUCAACUACUAUACAACAUCAGCCAUGCUCCAGAGAGUGCUCGAGAAACCAUUGGAAAAGAAAGCUGGUAGAAAUUAUGCUCCUCCAGGCACAAAAAGACUGAUUUAUUUCAUUGAUGAUCUUAAUAUGCCUGAAGUAGAUACCUAUGGUACUGUUCAACCACAUACUCUAAUAAGACAACACCUUGAUUACAGUCACUGGUAUGACAGGCAAAAAUUGGUACUGAAAGAAAUUCACAAUUGUCAAUACAUUACUUGUAUGAAUCCUACUGCUGGCAGCUUUUCUAUCAACGCACGUCUACAGAGACAUUUCUCUGUAUUUGCAGUCAAUUUCCCAGGAGCAGAUGCAUUGACGACCAUAUACAGCAACAUUCUCGAUGCUCACUUCCAACAGUACAUUUUCAGCUACAGUGUGAUGAAAGCUGGCAACACUCUGGUUCAGGCUGCAAUCUGUCUUCAUCAGAAAAUGACUCAGAAUUUCCUACCCACAGCAAUAAGGUUCCAUUAUAUCUUCAACCUGCGAGACUUAUCCAACAUUUUCCAGGGUAUCCUAUUUGCAACCCCAGAAUGUGUUGGGCUGCCUAUAGAUUUAGUUCAUUUAUGGCUUCAUGAAUCAUCCAGAGUCUAUGCUGACAAACUUAUGGAAGAAAAAGAUAUUGAACACUUUUACAAAAUUCUUAUUGAAACCACAAAAAGAUACUUUGAGGGAUUUGACGAACACCUUUUUACCCAAAAACCGUUGAUUUACUGCCACUUUGCUAAAGGCGUUGGGGAGCUUCAAUAUUUGCCAGUAACAGAUUGGAAAAAGCUACAUCGAAUUCUGACUGAUGCUUUGGAUCAUUAUAAUGAACUGCACGCAGUGAUGAACCUUGUCCUGUUCAAGGAAGCCAUGCAACACGUCUGCCGUAUCAGUCGGAUUUUGGAGGCUUCACACGGCAAUGCACUUCUCGUUGGUGUUGGAGGUAGUGGCAAGCAAAGCCUGUGUCAUCUGGCAGCAUUUCUUAGUUCACUGGAGGUGUUUCAGAUUACACUACGCAAAACCUAUGGCAUUCAUGACCUCCGGAGUGACAUUGCUGCUUUAUACAUAAAAGUCGGCGUGAAGAACAUUGGCACAGUUUUCCUUCAUACCGAUGCUCAAAUACCAGAUGAACGAUUCCUGGUUUUAAUUAACGACAUGUUGGCUUCAGGGGAUAUUCCAGAUUUGUUCAGUGAAGAUGAAGCAGACAAUAUUAUAUCUACCAUAAGAAUGGAGUUACGAGGCCUUGGAUUAUUGGACACUAGAGAAAACUGCUGGCAUUUCUUUAUUGACCGAGUCCAGCAACAAUUAAAGGUUGUUCUUUGUUUCUCACCGGUGGGUUUUACUCUUCGAACAAGAGCAAGGAAGUUUCCAGCCCUGGUCAACUGUACAGCCAUUGAUUGGUUUCAUGCAUGGCCCCAGGAAGCACUGGAAUCUGUCAGUCAUAGCUUCAUUGAAAAAAUUGAUGGACUGAAGCCUGAAGUGAAACUGUCCAUUAGUCAGUUUAUCGCAUACGCACACACCAGUGUGAAUGACAUUAGCGCAAAAUAUCAGCAAAAUGAGAAACGGUACAAUUACACCACUCCAAAAAGCUUCCUGGAACAAAUUAAACUGUACCGAAACCUUCUCAGUAAGAAAAGAAAAGAACUGAUACAAAAGAUGCAACGCCUGGAAAAUGGCCUUCAGAAACUGCAGACGACAGCUUCACAAGUGGAAGAUCUUAAGGCGAAACUGGCUGUUCAAGAAAUUGAACUUCACCAAAGGAACAAAGACACGGAGGAAUUGAUUGCCCAAAUAGGCCAGCAGACUCACAAACUGAACCAAGAGAAAGCUAUCGCAGAUGCGGAAGAGCAAAGGGUAACUGCUAUCCGAACCGAAGUGUCGAAACAACAGCAGGAAUCUGAAAAAGACCUUGCAAAGGCUGAACCAGCGCUCACUGCCGCAAAUGUGGCCUUGAAUACACUAAACAGGUUAAACCUGACAGAAUUGAGAACUUUUCCCAAUCCACAUGCAGUUGUCACCAAUGUGAUGGCUGCUGUACAGGUGCUUUUAGCUCCCAAUGGGAAAAUUCCAAAGGAUCGAAGCUGGAAGACUUCAAAAAUAUAUCUGAAUAAGGUAGACGAAUUCAUACAGGCUAUUGGUAACUUUGAUAAGGAGCAUAUUCCUGAAGCCACCGUCAAAACGAUAAGAGAGGAAUACCUCAGUGACCCUAAAUUCAAUCCUGAGUUUGUGCAAACAAAGUCGUCGGCUGCUGCUGGGCUUUGUGCUUGGGUUAUAAAUACUCUCAAGUUUCACGAGGUUUACUGUGAAGUGGAAGUCAAACGUAAAGCACUUCUUCAAGCCAAUUCUGACCUAGCUGUUGCUGCUGAGAAACUUGAGGUCAUAAGAAAAAAGCUGGCAGAAUUGGAUAGAAACUUGACGGCCUUGACGGACGUAUUUGAGAAAGCCACCUCUGAGAAAGUCCGAUGUCACGAUGAAGUGAAGGGAACCAACACGACGAUUGAACUGGCUAACAGAUUAGUGAAAGGUCUGGAGUCAGAAAACGUUCGUUGGGCUCAGUCUGUUGCACAAUACCGUGAACAAGGAAAAUCUCUCUGUGGAGACGUUCUCUUAACAGCAGCUUUCGUUUCGUAUGCUGGCUCCUUUUCAAAGAGGUAUCGGUAUGAGCUCCUGCAGAACAUGUGGAUGCCUUACCUGAGAAGCCAAAAGGUUCCUAUCCUUAUGACCGAAGGUUUGGACUCUAUCGCCUUGCUCACAGAUGACGCAACCAUUGCAGGGUGGAACAAUGAAGGUCUACCCAGUGAUAAAAUGUCCACGGAAAAUGCUACCAUUCUUUCCAACUGUGAGAGGUGGCCUCUUUUGAUUGACCCUCAACUGCAGGGAAUCAAGUGGAUAAAAAGCAAAUAUGGCCCAGAUCUGAAAGUCAUCAAUUUGGGUCAGAAAGGGUAUCUGGAUGUUAUGGAACAAGCCCUUGUUAUGGGAAAUCCUGUUUUAAUAGAGAAUAUAGAAGAGACAAUUGAUCCUGUGCUUGAUCCAUUACUUGGUAGACACACUAUUAAGAAAGGAAGGUAUAUAAGAAUUGGAGAUAAAGAAUGUAUGUUCCACCCCAAUUUCCGCCUAAUUCUACAUACAAAGCUGGCUAGCCCCCACUACAAGCCUGAAAUACAGGCACAGACGACACUGAUUAACUUUACUGUCACCCGCGAUGGCUUGGAAGACCAGCUACUAGCAGAAGUGGUGGACCUUGAAAGACCUGAUCUAGAGCAGUUGAAGUCUGAACUUACCAAGCAACAAAAUGAUUUCAAAAUUGAGCUGAAGCUUCUGGAGGACGAGUUGCUCACACGACUCUCGGCAGCAGAGAGCAACUUCUUGGGAGACACGUUACUGGUGGAAAAGCUCGAGACCACAAAGCUCACGGCAGCUGAAAUAGAGCUGAAGGUUCUUGAAGCCAAAGUUAAUGAAGUAAAAAUCAAUGAAGCUCGUGAGCACUAUCGCGCUGUGGCUGCUCGAGCAUCGCUGCUCUACUUCAUCAUGAGUGACCUCAACAAGAUCAACCCUAUGUACCAGUUCUCACUGAAGGCGUACGGUGUUGUGUUUCACAAAGUGGUGCAGCAAGCCAAAACAUCUGCUGAUGUGAGGAUGAGGGUAACUAACCUAAUUGAUGAGAUAACAUACUCAACAUUUGUUUACAUUAGUCGUGGGUUGUUUGAGAGGGAUAAACUUACCUUUACAGCUCAGAUGGCUUUCCAGAUCUUACUUCUGAACAAGGAAAUAGAUGUUCGUGAACUUGAUUUUUUGCUAAGAUUUAAUAUUGACCAUAAUUACAAUAGUCCUGUGGACUUCCUGUCAAACACAGUGUGGAGUGCAGUAAAGACAAUGAGCUUCACGGAUGAAUUCCGUGGACUGGACAGGGAUAUUGAAGGUUCGGCUAAACCCUGGAAGAAAGUGGUUGAAUCGGAGUGUCCGGAGAAAGAAAAGUUCCCUCAAGAAUGGAAAAACAAAAGCUCUCUACAGAAGCUGAUUAUGAUGCGAGCUUUGCGACCAGAUCGCGUUACAUACGCAGUCAGAAAAUUUGUGGAGGAGAAGCUUGGGACAAAAUACACAGAAGGACGUCAGACAGAGUUUGGGAAAUCAUUUAAGGAAAGUAGUCCAGCAUCUCCCAUUUUCUUCAUUCUCUCUCCUGGGGUUGAUCCACUGAAAGAUGUGGAGACAUUAGGGAAAAAGCUCGGCUUCACCAUAGACUCGGGGAAACUUCACAAUGUCUCACUGGGGCAGGGUCAAGAGACUGUAGCUGAACAAGCUGUGGCCAAGGCCUCAGAAGAUGGACAUUGGGUUAUCCUGCAGAAUAUUCACUUAGUGGCUAAGUGGCUCAGUGCUUUAGAGCAGCUGCUCGAGACGUCCAGUGAAGGAAGCCAUCCAGACUAUCGUGUAUUCAUGAGUGUGGAACCGGCUCCAACCCAUGAAGAGCACAUCAUUCCACAAGGAAUCCUUGAAAACUCAGUUAAAAUUACCAACGAACCACCAACUGGUAUGCUGGCUAAUCUUCAUGCAGCUUUGGAUAAUUUUGAUCAGGAUAUUCUGGAUCGAUGUUCUCGUGAGCACGAGUUUAAGACGAUAUUGUUUUCGCUCUGCUAUUUUCAUGCCUGUGUUGCUGAGCGCCGAAAAUUUGGAUCUCAAGGCUGGAAUCGAAAGUAUCCUUUUAAUACCGGAGAUUUGACAAUCUCAGUCAAUGUUUUAUACAAUUACUUGGAAGCUAAUGCUCAGGUGCCUUGGGAAGACCUUCGUUAUCUGUUUGGUGAAAUCAUGUAUGGGGGGCACAUUACUGACGACUGGGACAGAAGGCUGUGUCAAACCUAUCUGGAAGAGUACAUGCAACCAAGCCAGUUUGAAAGAAAAAUGGCUUUAGCUCCUGGUUUUGUGGUCCCAUCAAACCUGGAUUACAACGGUUACCACCAGUAUAUUGAUGAGAUGUUGCCACCAGAGAGCCCGACCAACUAUGGCCUCCACCCAAAUGCUGACAUUGAAUUCCUGACAGUAACGUCAGACAGUCUUCUCCAUACCUUGUUGGAAAUGCAACCCAGAGACUCCGCAAUUGGUGAAGGAACAACACAGACUGUUGAAGAAAAGGUUAAAACUGUCUUGGAUGAUAUACUAGAAAAACUACCAGAGGAGUAUAAUAUGGCAGAUAUAACAUCUAGAAAUGCAGAACGCUCCCCAUAUAUUCUAGUCUGUUUCCAAGAAUGUGAAAGAAUGAAUAUCCUCAUACAAGAAAUGAAACAUUCACUGAAGGAACUUGAUUUGGGACUGAAGGGUGAGUUGGCAAUUUCCUCUGAGAUGGAGCUACUACAAACAGCACUUUUCUUUGAUAAUGUUCCUGACACCUGGACUAAGCUGGCAUAUCCAUCAACACACAGUCUAGCACAGUGGUAUGGGGAUCUUCUGCUGCGUUGCCAUGAACUUGAUAUCUGGACACAGGAUCUAUCCCUCCCAAAUGUGGUCUGGUUAUCAGGGUUUUUCAAUCCGCAGUCUUUUCUCACAGCUGUAAUGCAAAGUUUAGCACGGAAAAACGAAUGGCCUUUGGAUAAGAUGCACCUGAUAGUAGAUGUUACCAAAAAACUGAAGGAGGAAUUUGCCCAGCCAGCCAGAGAGGGCACUUAUAUUUAUGGACUCCACAUGGCAGGAGCACGAUGGGACAUCCACGCAGGACACAUUACAGAGGCCCAGUUGAAAGAACUGACACCAGUAAUGCCGGUUGUCUUUGUGAAAGCAAUCCCCAACGACAGGCAGGAAAUGAGGAAUAUUUACGAGUGUCCUGUUUACAAGACAAAACUUAGAGGCCCGACCUACGUGUGGACUUUCAAUCUGAAAACCAAAGAGAGGCCCGCAAAAUGGAUUAUUGCUGGUGUUGCUUUGCUAUUGAAUGUGUGAAAACAGAAUUAUACAUCUUAUGACCGGCCUUUUUUUUCCAGCAUUAAACAUGUUUGUAGGAAACUUAGGAGGAAGGGUAGUAAUUUCACAUAAAUCAAAGAAAUUUAGGAGAAAUAUUUUUUAGGAACCUACCCAAAAGUUCUUUCUAAAACACACACAAAGUAUUUUAUCAUG